AGCGGUCGCGGCGACGCGCGAACAAAAAACUUUAAAAAUAAAUAACAAGUGCCAGUGUUACCUGUGUGCCCAGUUGCUAGAUUACAGUGGAUUCUGUUAGAAAGUUUCACUAUUUCUUCUCGCAAAAAGGGGUUACGUGAUUUUGUUGGCCACGAUUUUCCGGUAGAGAUACAUAAUGCUGAGACAACGCAUGAAGUUCCGCAAGAAACGAUGAGAAAAAACCAAACGUCGCAGUGACAAUUACAAUGUGACAGUUAAGUGACAGACGCCACGAAAACUUUAAACUUCCAACCAAAAUACUCUUCCAAAAUUCUCUAAUAGUUUAUAAUCAAGAAAUAAGUGCCAAUAAUAGUGCAAAAUUAGACAACAAAACGCCAACGAACAUUCAAAACGCAACGACAAAUUUUAGUGCCACACAAUACUGCAUAACAUAACAAGUGUCACAGAUUAAAAAUAACUUUAAGCGCUGUGAACUCUUUGGAACUUUCGCGCCUUUUUAAGUGACAAGUGAGCUGUCAAACCGGUUCGAAGGAGGUUAUGAAAAGCGAUGGAUCUCCACGCUCCGCCACUGGUUGUCCAUGGGUAUGAGCCUCACGCGCCCUUGCUGGAGGUUGAGGGUCUGGACCCUCAUAGUCCUCAGCAGAAGGUGUUGAUACACGCGCCAUCUUUGCAAACCCAGGAGCUGAUCAGUAGCGACCAUCGGAAUGGAGAGUACGACUUUGCAGAUGAGCAGUACCACGCGCACAGCAGCAACCAGGGAGGCGAUGGUCACGGAGGCGUGAACCAACUGGGCGGAGUGUUCGUGAACGGACGACCCUUACCCGACGUGGUGCGGCAGAGGAUCGUGGAGCUGGCGCACAGCGGGGUGCGGCCGUGUGACAUCAGCCGGCAGCUGCGGGUGUCACACGGGUGUGUGUCCAAGAUACUGUCUAGGUACUACGAGACCGGCAGCUUCAAGGCCGGCGUGAUCGGCGGCUCUAAGCCCAAAGUGGCGACGCCGCCGGUGGUCGACGCCAUCGCGGCGUACAAGCGAGAGAACCCGACGAUGUUCGCCUGGGAGAUCCGGGACCGGCUGCUGAGUGAAGGGAUCUGCAGCCAGGAUAACGUGCCUUCUGUAUCUAGCAUUAACAGGAUCGUUCGCAACAAGGCGGCGGAGAAAGCGAAGCACGCACAUCACCAGCAGCAGCAGCAGCAGCAGGAGCAGGAGAUCAGCUCGGCGCAGGGCAGCGUUGUUUCUGUAAUAACCCACGCGGGCAACGCGCCCGGCACCACCGCCGUGCUCUCCCCAAGCGCGGAGCAGCACGUGCCUAACACCGGCAGCUACAGCAUCAACGGCAUCCUCGGCAUCGAGCAGGUGGACGCGCUGCACGGCGCCGGCCUCAAGCGGAAGCGGCACGAGGACCAAGACGAGAACCGAGACUUCAACAACCAUUCAGAAGACGAUGUUAAAAGACAGCGGAGUCAUUACAAUGGCGACCAAAUAUAUUCUAAUCAGUUAUGGUCGUCAUCGAAAUGGAGCCUCAAGGACGAGUACAAGCUGCUAUCCGAGCUGGGCGGCGCGGCGGGCGGCGCGACCGGCUACUACGGCGAGCUGUUCGACGCGCCCUACGAGCACGCCGCCCACCCGCACUACACGCCGCACUCCGCAACGAACGACUCGACGGGCUCCAACGGUGGCACCGGCGCGGAGCCGCCGUCCGCAGCCGCCAGCCCCGACGCGACGGCGCUGGUCGUGCUGCAGCCGCCGGCGCCGCCGUACCCGCCGUACGCGCACUAUGAUGGUACAACAACAUUAGCGAGCGAGUACGCAUACGCGGCGCCCUACUCGCAGUACUCGCCCUACGGAGGCCCCUACACACACUCAGCCGCCACGGGGCUACUGUCCAAGUGAUAUCAACGGACGCCGUGCGAGCAGUAGCCGUCGGCGACUCACAACGAAACCAAGUGAUAAAGGACACUUUAUACCAUAUGUGAGAAUUUUAGUUUAAUACCUUAUCAUUCCUUUAGUAAAUCUCUUAUUGUGUAGAUAAAUUAAUAUAUGUACAAUUCAUUAUACGUUCUGUUAUAAAUGUUAAUUUCAGAGGUCAGUACGCUUCUAACUUUGCUUUCUCAAAAUUAUUUUUAACUCCAACAGUUCAUUUAUACUCAUUAUUGUUUAGUUAAAUGAAAGAAUAUAUUGAAUGAGAGA